AUGAAUCCCACGGGUACCCCUUCAGCUGCUGAUCUGGCUAAAAUACAACAAUGGAAUCAACACGCUAUUCCCUCGGUCGAUGCGUGUAUUCAUGACCUGAUCAAACAACGAUCCCAGAAUCGCCUUUUGUCAACAGCAGUAUGCGCCUGGGAUGGUGAUUUCACCUACGAAGAUCUGGAUAUUCAAUCUGCAAAGCUUGCAAACUAUCUUCAGGCAAAGGGGACUGUUCCCGAAACCAAGAUCGCACUCUAUCUACGUCGGUCGCGAUGGUCACCAGUGCUCAUUCUGGCGGUACUCCAGGCGGGCGGCGCAUUUGUGCUGCUAGAUCCAUCGCAUCCAGUAGAUCGCUUGAAGAGCAUGUGCGCGGAUACAAAUGCCGCCAUGGUACUUUGUUUCAAAGACGAUACCGAAACUUCAGGACAACUAAACUUGCCUAUCUGUGUAAUUGAUAUCGACAAUGAGGAUGCGACUUGGCGUCGUGAACCUCGCGAGGUCAACGCCACCGCGCAAUUUACAAACACUGCGUACGUCGCUUUCACCUCGGGAUCCACUGGAAAACCCAAGGGCAUUCAGAUCGAGCAUGGCCAGUAUUGCAGCUCAGCUGCCGCUCAUGCGAAUGCCUGGUCUAUUGGUGCAGCGUCACGGGUCUUCCAAUUUGCUUCUUAUGCCUUCGAUGGAUCGAUUAUGGAGAUGUUGACCACCUUGAUGGAAGGGGGAUGUGUGUGUAUCCCCAGUGAAGAGGAUCGGCAAAACAAUCUAGUGCAGGCAUUCAAUAGCUUUCAGGCCAAUUUCCUUUGUUUGACUCCCUCGCUUCUCAAAUCCCUCAAUCCACGUGAUUUGCCAACAUUGAAGAACCUUCUUGUCACUGGGGAGCUUACGCCGCAGCAAGAACUAGACCGGUGGGCGGAUCAGGUUCACAUGACUAUCACCUAUGGACCAACUGAGUGCUCCGUCGCGUGUUCUGUUCAGGAGCAUGUAUCCAAAAUCUCAGAUCCGAGAAACCUAGGGCGAUCAAUGGGAUGUCAUCUCUGGCUCGUUGAUCCCAGCGAUAUCAAACAGUUAGCUCCCGUGGGAGAAGUCGGUGAGAUCUGCAUUGAAGGACCCAUAGUUGGUCGCGGGUAUAUGAACGCGCCCGAUCAAACAUGUGCCUCUUUUUUCGAAAAAUUGCCAUGGCUAUCAGUGACCCAAAGACUCAACAGUCGGGUCUAUAAAACAGGUGAUCUUGGACGAUACAACGAGGAUGGAUCUAUCCAUCUGCUUGGCCGCAAGGAUUCACAAGUCAAGAUUCGGGGACAACGCAUUGAGCUGGGAGAGAUCGAAGUUCAGCUCUCUAGUAAGCUUCAACACGCUCUCGAAGUCAUUGUUGAUGUGGUUCAACACACGGAGGGAGAUGCGCUUGUGGUGGCAUUUCUCCAUACCCCUUCUGGUAGCCAAAGUCAAGGGCUAUUACCACCCAGCGAUACCUUCUCAAACUCAUGUCUUAAACUGAGAGACAGCGUCAAGGCCUCGUUGCCGGGAUACAUGAUCCCUACUCUCUUCCUCCCAGUUGCUAGUCUGCCUCUAACAGCUACGGGAAAGAUUAAUCGCCAUUAUCUGCGAUCUUUGGUGCACGAUUUAUCGGUCGAUGCGCUAGAUAGUUACAUUGGCAGCGGGGAUAGGCGCAGCCCAUCGACUGAGCGUGAGAAGCGCCUACAUGAAGCUGUUGCUCAAGCACUAGCGAUUUCUCUGCAACGGAUUGGGAUGAACGACGACUUCUUCGCACUAGGAGGAAAUUCACUCACCGCCAUGAAGCUCGUCAGCAUUGGUCGGGAAAGUGGCCUUUGGUUUACCGUUGUCGAUGUAUUCGCUCAUUCGAACCUACUAAGCUUAGCUUCCGUCGUUCGGCAUGAAACCCCCGAAGCUCAGAUCCAGCUGGUGGAACCAAGCCCUUUUGCACUUAUGUCAGGGAUUGAGGACCCUGAAUCAUUUGUGCGCGACAUUAUUGCUCCAAAGCUACCGUUUGCUCGACAUGACGAUAUUGUCGACGUUCUUCCUGCCACCGACAUGCAGUCAUACGUUGCGCGGUUCCCCCCACAUUACCCUCUCAUACGACUGGAUGGGAAGAUUGACCCAUGGAAAGUCAAGAUGGCAUGUGAUCAGUUGGUCCAACGUCACUCUGUUCUCCGGACAGUGUUUGCUUCUCACAACGACCGAUCAGUGCAAGUUGUUUUGCGCAAAGCGGAUCUUCUCUUCCAGUACUUUGAGACCGACAUGACUAUCUCUGCAUUCGAAGAGGCAUUUUGCAAGUAUGACGGGACCGUGAGGGUCCCCACAAGCGUUUCGGGUCUCUCUUUUGUGCUUGUAUCUCGCAGUGAGACAGAGCAUAGCCUGAUUAUUCGCCUCCCACUGCCAUUAUGUGAUGGCGAGUCAUGGAUUCUCCUUCUCCAGGACUGGAUGGCACUAUACAAGGCCCAAGAUCCCAUUCCAGAGCCCAUUUCCUUUGCUGCGUGGGCAUCUCAGUAUAUCGCCCAGCAAAAUGAAAGGACCUACGCAUUCUGGCGCCAAAUUCUGCAUGGUUCUUCCAUGACACACCUAUGCGAUGCGACCAUUGAUCUUCCCGACGAAGCUUUUGUCUUCUCGGUGCAAAACAUCCCUCUUCUGCCUCCUCCCAGAGCGAUCACACGCGCAACGCUGGUAAAAUUAGCCUGGGCAUUAACACUUGCAAAGUAUACCGGGAAAACUGAUGUGGUUUUCGGACAACUUAUCCACGGUCGGGCUCAUGCACAUGCUGGCGAGGAGCGAAUUGCUGGUCACCUGGCUAAGAUAAUUCCUGUGCGGGUUAUUAACUGCCAGGACACUGAGACUGAGCUGCCAGGACUUUUAGAGCAGGUGCAGAGACAACACCUGGACACUAUGGCCCACGAUCUGGUCGACUUCCAGAACCUCAUUGACCACUCCACAUCGUGGCCACGGGACACACAAUAUGGGACAUACAUCCUGCAUCAAGAUAAUGAAUAUCUCGGGGAAAUGCCCAGUAUGGGCGGUGUUCAGGUCAACACUAGUAUGGCUUACAAUCCUUUGAUUUCGAAGGCAGUGCGGGAAUUCGUUCUGGUCUCCACUCCAAGGGGGCAAGAACAUGAGCUACAGAUUUGCACGACGAGUGUUUAUGUGGACCAGAAAAGGGCGGAUGAGAUGCUCACAACGAUGGUUGAGAAGAUGCACCUUUUAGCUUCUGUGGCCUGA